AUGGAUGAACUGAUUUCUGCAAACUUAAACUGGGGUCUUAUCUGCCUCACUUACACUGGUGCUGGAAUCCUUGGAAAUUCUUCACUCUUUUGCCUUUAUAACUUUUCUUUGCUCACUAUGCAGGUGUUGAGGCCCAUAGACUUGAUUCUUAGUCAGCUGGUCUUGGCCAACAACUUGGUUCUUUUCUCUAAAGGGAUCCCCCAGACAAUGGCAGCUUUUGGAUUGAAAUCUUUCCUGGAUAAUAUUGGAUGUAAAUUUGUCUUCUAUUUGCACAGAGUGGCUAGAGGGGUUUCCCUCAGCACUACCUGCCUCCUCAGUGGCUUUCAGGCCAUUAAACUUUGCCCCAGUAUCUCUCAGGGGAUGGAGCUCAGAUUUAGAUUUCCAAAGUACAUUGGCUUCUGCUGUUUCCUCUGCUGGAUCUUCCCACUUCUGUUAAAUAUCUUUAUUGUGAUGAAUGUUACUCACCCAAGAAAUAGCAAAAACAUGAGUACGGAAAAAACGUAUAGAUACUGUUACUCACCCAUUCCAGAGACAUUGUUAUUCUCACUACAUGCAGUUAUUUUCUCCUUCACUGAUGCUAUGUGUUUGGGUCUCAUGGUCUGGACUAGUGGCUCCAUGGUCUUUGUCCUGCACAAGCACAAGCGGCGACUCCAACAUAUUCACAGCCGCAGACUCUCCUCCAAACUUUCCCAUGAGGCCCGAGCCACAUGCACCAUCUUGAUCCUGGUGAGCAUGUUCAUCUCCUUCUACUGUAUAUCAUCCGUUUUAUCAUUUUGGAUAACCCAGACUGUGAACCCAAGCCAAUGGCUGCUGAACUUCUCCAUACUGGUGUCUUCAGGCUUCCCAACAUUCAGCUCCUUUGUGUUCCUUUUCAGUGAUAUCCGUGUCUCACGGUUCUGCUUUGCCUGUUGGACAAGGAAAACUAAUGCUCCAGCUACGGUCUCUGGGUUAUAA